AUGUCAUUCUUGAAAAAAGUUAAAGCAAAGGCUAAAGAUGCCAGAGACCAAGCCCUCGGUAUGGUGGCUGAAGCCUCAGCGAUUAAAGAUAUCAGCAAGGGGAACCAGGAAAAAGUCCUCGAGAAAAAAUUCAAAGACCUUGAUGGGAAAGCCAUCAAUAAUAAUCCUAAUCUCCCUUGGAAAUUCCCGGCUGAUUAUUAUUGUACUAAAUGCGAUAACACUGGAUAUAAAGACAAGCAAUUUACUGAAGUGUGUCCUGAAUGUUGGUUGAUGUUAUCCCAAGGUGGUGUCUAUGUCAAUGGUCAACCGGUUCAAACUGCUUAA